AUGGAUACCUCAAAGAAUCCUCUCUAUAAUUUUGGCAUUGUCGCUUUGCUCUGUGCCGGCGUCCUUUAUAUUUGUAUUUGGUCUCCUCCAAAUACCAAUCCUUUGUUAUCCUUUCAGAAAUCCUCUUGUUUUCGCUCAUCAUACUCUAUUAAUACAACAGAUCUCGUUAUAGAUGAUCUUGAACUGGCUCUGCAGAAAGCUUCAAUGCCCAACAAAACAGUGAUUAUAGCCGUCGUCAAUAAAGCGUACGUGGAACAAACCGUGGCAGCUGAUACCACAAUGCUUGAUAUAUUCUUGGAAAGUUUCUGGUUAGGGGAGGACACCAGAGAAUUACUUGAUCAUCUUCUUAUAGUGGCAGUAGAUCAGACGGCGUAUGAUCGGUGCAUGUUUAAACGAUUACACUGUUACAUAUUGGUAACGGACGGGGUAGAUUUUGCGGGAGAGAAGGUGUACAUGUCCAGAGAUUUUAUUAAGAUGAUGUGGAGAAGAACCCAGUUCCUGUUAGACGUUCUUAAGCGUGGUUACAACUUCAUCUUCACGGAUACUGAUGUAAUAUGGCUGAGAAACCCUUUCACAAGAUUAAGCGGAAACGAAACUGAAGACCUGCAAAUCAGUGUUGAUAAUUACAAUGGCAACCCACGAUCCCAGAACAAUUUGAUUAACACAGGCUUCUACUUUGUCAGAUCCAACAACAAAACUAUCUCUUUAUUUAAGAAAUGGUAUGGUAUGAAAGACAAUUCAGCAGGAAAGAAAGAGCAGGAUGUGUUAUUGGAGCUAAUGAGACGUGGUUUGUUCAAGACACUGAGGCUCAAUGUACGGUUUUUACCUACAUUUUAUUUCAGUGGCUUCUGUGAAAACAGCAAGGAUAUUUGGUCAGUCACAACAAUUCAUGCCAAUUGUUGCCGCCAUGUGCAUGCAAAAGUGCAAGACUUAAAGGCUGUUCUUCGAGAUUGGAAGCGGUUCAGGGAGGAUAAAAUUAAGAACCCAACAAUGGCUCCUAAUCGAACCGUGGUGACCGUGUGGUCAGAACACAUAGCCUGUUCCAAUUCUUGGAAACAUAACAAUUUGCAUAAUUAAGCACACCUUACCUUAUCCAGGAUUUUUUACUGUAACGUUUAUGUUGAGUGAGUGAGACUACAACAUUGUGAAUUCAAGCUCGAUCAAAUCUCGACCAAUCCAAUAAAUA